AUGUUCCAGCGUCUCAAAGGCGCGAUAGACUCGCGCAUUGCCGAGGAGCAGGCGCGCCAGAGGCAGGCUGCUGAGCAACAACGCUCCCAGACGCCAGGCCGUUCCAGCUCCUUGCGCCGUUCUAACUCCCGCGCCUUGUCGCCCUCGAAACGUCCGGGCGAUCUGCCGCAAGGAAAAGGCCCCGACCCCGCUGAAUUCGACCCUCGUUUCGUUGUCGGCGAGGAUGAGCCGAGUCGCACUGCUACGCCUGCGCCGGCCCAAGACAAAGACGAAUCAGCGCAACCACAGGCCGCGGGGGAUGGUGAUGCUGCCAAGGAAGACAGAGAGGCGGCGGAGCCAGCAAAAGAUGCCAAGCCAACUGUUUCGACUGAGCUUCCGACUGAAAUCCGCGUCAGGCUACGUAAAUUAGAAAAGCUGGAGCCUAAGUAUUCUGAACUUCUUCGCUCCUACCGCAUCGCCCAUGCCCGCGUGUCUGCCAUCGAACCAUUUGAAGCUUCAUUGAGGGAGCACACCCCACUGACCUCGAUCAAUGACCCUGGAGCCCUGAUCGAGUACCUAAAUCAAAUCACCCUCAAAGGAGAUAUGGUCAUGGAGGAACUCAAACGCGUGUCAGGAGAGAGGGACUCCUUCAAACAGAAGCUAGAAGAGGCGGAGAAGCGGGCGACCAAAGCACAAGACGACCUUGACAAUCUCCGCUUGGAGAAGGAAACUGCUACCGCAGCAGAUGGCAAGAGUACCGAUGCAGAUUCUGGGGUGGUUGCUGAGAGCGAGUCCGUGAAAUCUCCCACGGUGGAAGAGAGUGAGGAGUUCUUCUCAUACGACAGCGAACUGCCUCGUGUCAAGAAGGAACUUCAAGAGCGGGAGGAACAGAUUGGAAAGCUUGAGGAGGAAAACAAAUCUUUGAAGAACGAAGUCACUUCAGCCAAGGAAUCUGCCGAGCAACUAGUGCGGAAUUUAGAAACGGCGACAAGUGAUUUACAAGCGCUCAAAGAAACCAAGGAGAAGUCGGACACUGAAGCUGUUGAAAAGGCCGAGGCCCUGCAAUCAACAGCUGACGGCUUGCGCAAAUCGGCAGAUGAACUGAGAGAAAGUCUCGAGAAAGCCCAGAAAGAUUUGGAACGGCAUGAAAACGAACGAAAUGCUUAUGAAAGCACCACCACGGAUCUCCGAUCUUCACUCGAUAAAGCCAACAAGGACUUGGAGGAGUUGCGCAAGACCAGUGCCGAAACUUCAGAGUCAGGCGAAGCUGAAAAACGUCUACAUGUUGAAAUAGAGAAACUCGAGUCUGAGCUCAACGAGCUGCGAGCUUCGUCAACUAAGCACGAAAAACGCAGUGAAACCUUGAACAACCUUGUCUCGACUCUAAAGGAGCAAUUGAAGGAUGCAGAAACCGAGAAGAACCGUCUCAAGAAAGAGAUUGAAGAGCAAGCCAAAUCUGCCGCCCAAGAGAAGCAGGAGCCUGAACGCGCAGCAACUGCUGAUAAGACAGAAACCACGGCUCCGGGUGCUGCUAAGAAAAAGAACAACAAAAAGAAGAAGAAGGGCGGCAAAGGCGGUGCAGCAGUCAGCGCUACGCCUGAUAGGCCUGGUACAGCCAUGGCUGCCGAACCAGAAAAGACAGAGAAGACGGAUGUUGCUGAUAGCUUGACUGUGGAAGAAGGAGUCAAGCUACGGGAAACGAUUGAUGAAAUUCAAUCAACCCUGAAGGAGAAGGACGAAGAACUUGAGAAACUGAGACACGAUGUGGAUGACAAGAAUGCGGCCAUCGAGCGCCUGCAAGGAAAACUCAAGGACCAAGACGACCUCAAGGAAGAGCUGGACGAUUUGCGGCAAGAACUUAUUGAUGUCGGCCAGGAACAUGUUGAAGCAAAAGACAAACUGAAAGACCUGCAGGCUGAGAAGUCAGCGCUGCAGAGCAACAUGGAAAAGUUGGAGAAGGAGAUCUCAGAAUUGAAGACCAGCCAAGCGUCAAGUGCAACUUCCGAGAGUGAACGCCAGAAGCUUGCCACGGACUUUGAAGAGCUUAAAACCAAAGCCGAUUCCUUGGAGACAGAUUUGUCAGCGGCACAGCAACUCGCAGCCCAGAGAUUUAAGGAUUUGACGGAUCUUCGAGACGUUUUACAGAAGGCUCAACCCGAGUUGAACGCCCUUCGAAAAGAGGUCACAGAGCUGAAGAACGUCAAAGAUGACCUUUCUAAAAAGGAGACUGAAAUACGCAAGCUUGAGACCAAGGAGAAGGAUUUGCGUUCCGAGAUCGCCACAUACAAAUCGCAAGUCGCCGCCAGAGAUGUGGAAAUCAAGACCUUAAAUGACAAGCUCAAACAGGAGACAAACAAGAAUUCUGCGCUCGAUCAAACGUGCACAAAGGCACAAAGAGACCUCGAGAAGUUAGAAGGCGAGCGGGCCGAUGCAGUAGAGGGACGGGAGCGGCUGGCCAAAGACCUGUCAAAGGCGCAAGAGGAGCUUAAAACCUCACGUGCAAACCUCAAGAAUCUUGAGCAACAGGCCGAGAAGCUCAACCGUGAUGCUUCGAGCAUGCGCGAGGAGAUUGAGCUCAAGGGUGCCCAGUAUGCAAGCGCGCAGAGCCUCAUGAACAGCAUGCAAGACCAGACGCAAGAGAUAGGCACGCAGAUGAAGGAAGUUCGUGAGCGUUGCGAAUCACUUGAGGAGGAGCUAGCAGACGCACACAGACUUCUGAGUGAGCGGAGUCGGGAGGGCGAGACAAUGCGUCGCCUGCUUGCAGACGUUGAAGGCCGCGCUGAGGCGCGCGUCAAGGAGAUGCGUGAACGAAUGGAUCUUGCGAUUGAAGAGCGCGACCGGGCAGAAGACCAAGCCAACACCAUUGGACGGCGUCGGGCUCGGGAGCUGGAUGAUCUCAAGCAGAAGGUGCGGGAUGCUGAGAGAGCGUUGACGCGCGUGCAGGAAGACAAGGGGGAGUUGGCGGCGUCUGAAAAGGAGCUGAGGAGACAGAAAGAGGAGCUGGAGAGAAAGGCAACGCAGGCGACAGAGGAAGUGGCCGAGGUCAGGGCUGCAAUGGGUCAACUGAGGGACGCGCUCGAUGAAGGAGAGAAGCAGAUGAGAGAAGUGGAGAGGGAAAAGGGCGAGCUGAGGAAGACGAUUGAGGAGACGCAGUCCAGGCUGGAGAAAGUGCAGAAGAGCAGCAAGUCUCUGGCGGAAGAUGUACGCACGCUCAAGCAGACGAAGUCGCCAGUCGAGUCGUCGCGAUCCUCAUUCGAGUCAGGCCGCGGGCGUGUAGGCUCUCCUCCGGUGCUGAAGGGAAGAUCGCCCUCGAUCGCCAGCGCGGUGGGCCAGAAUGCAGCGCCGGACAUGUCGAUGGACCUGGUGUACCUGAAGAACGUGUUGCUGCAGUUUAUGGAGCAGAAGGAUAAGAAGCACCAGAUGCAGCUGGUGCCGGUGCUGGGAAUGCUGCUGCACUUUGACCGCAAAGACGAGCAGAAGUGGAUGAGCGCCAUUACGACGAGAUAGGUAAGUUGGUAGGUAGGGAAUAAUUAAUGUAUGUACCUAAUAGUGGUGAUGAUGUCAACCGUGU